AAAAUAAUGCAAAAUAAAAAUUAUGGCAACUUUUAUACACCUGAUUAUUGUCAAACUAGAUGCACAUCUCUUAGAAAUCAAUAUAAUCGUGAGAAACGAAUAAUAGAUAGUCAAUAUAAGAGUGGAAGUGGUGCUUCAACUCAUAAACCCUUCACAUUUUAUACGCAAUUAUCUUUUCUUGACAAUUAUAUCAAGAGACGAAGAACAUGCAGUAAUAUAAAAGCAAAUAAAACUUCAACAUCUACAUCAUCUUUAGAACUAUCAACAGAAAUUCCACAAUCUAGUUCGAAUGAAGUAUUUGAUACCAAAGAAAAAUCAAGUCAUUCUAUGCACGAAACAGAAGAUAAUAAUUUUAAUGGUGAAAAUAAAGAAAAUAUUUUAGAAGAUACUCUUGAAGCACAUGUAACACAUAAACGCAACAUUGACAAAGAUUCACAAUUAUAUGUAUUACAUACAAAACCUAAAUCUAAAAAAAGUAAAGUCGAUGAAACAAAGGAAUUAGAAAAUAUAUUUACAUCGGUUAGCCAGAAAAUCAUCAAUGUUUUAGAUAACAAACGUGAAAACAAUAAUGAAGAUGAAGCAUUUACACAAUUUAUUGUUGCUCACUUGACAAAUCUUCCACAAUCUGAGAAAAAUAUAAGAAAGAAAAUGAUAACAGAUGCUUUAUUUUCUCCAAUAUAAAGCAAAUGUAAUAUUUUUUGUUUUUAAUGAUUUUUAUUUU